GAGGGUCUCUGACCCUGAGUCGGAUUUGCAAGCUCUCUGAGCUUGCGUUCGCGGAGGGGGAGGGUUUCCCCGGCCCCGCCGGAGUGGCGGCUGGGCACUUCUGUCUCACUACACAAACGACUGUCAAGAGAGUAGUGAGUGGAGCUGCCGGAAGUGUCUGCGCGCGGAGAGAACUUUCCUGCUCCAGCCGCGGCCGGGAGCCUCCGCCGCCUGGGUGCUCGCAGCUACGAUGUGCGGUGAUGACAACACCCUAAGCAGACCCGCGCCUCGGCCCACCCCUGGUGUGUGUGCCAGCUUGGCUUCAAGAGAAGACUGAGUUCGGUGGUGUCCGUGCGCCACGGGAACCCGGCGCAGGCGGCGGGGCGCGCGGGGCCCGUUUCCUCUGCGCAGUCCCCUCGCUUCCCGGCGCGUUCCUCGCGAUCGCGCGUCCCAGAGCGGGUCACGGUCGCCGAUUACCCUCGCCCUGACUACCGGCCCGGACGUGCCCCCGGCGGCCGCUGGCAGUGUCUGUGCCAUGGGGCUGCCUACUCUGGAGUUCAGCGAUUCCUACUUGGACAGCCCGGAUUUCAGGGAGCGCCUCCAGUGUCACGAGAUUGAGCUGGAGCGGACCAACAAGUUCAUCAAAGAGCUGAUUAAGGAUGGCUCUCUGCUCAUUGGGGCGCUGAGGAAUCUGUCUAUGGCAGUACAGAAGUUUUCCCAGUCACUGCAAGAUUUCCAGUUUGAAUGUAUUGGUGAUGCUGAAACAGAUGAUGAAAUUAGUAUUGCUCAGUCACUAAAAGAAUUUGCAAGACUACUCAUCACAGUAGAAGAAGAAAGGAGAAGACUGAUUCAAAACGCUAAUGAUGUAUUAAUUGCGCCACUUGAGAAAUUUCGCAAAGAACAAAUAGGUGCAGCAAAAGAUGGAAAGAAGAAGUUUGACAAAGAGAGUGAAAAAUAUUAUUCUAUUCUUGACAAACAUUUAAAUUUGUCUGCAAAGAAAAAGGAGUCUCAUUUGCAAGAGGCAGAUACACAGAUUGACCGGGAACAUCAAAACUUCUAUGAAGCAUCACUGGAAUAUGUCUUUAAAAUUCAAGAAGUUCAAGAAAAGAAGAAGUUUGAAUUUGUUGAACCGCUUUUAUCAUUCCUUCAGGGUUUGUUUACUUUUUACCACGAGGGAUAUGAACUCGCCCAGGAAUUUGCACCAUAUAAGCAACAGCUGCAGUUCAACUUGCAGAAUACAAGGAAUAAUUUUGAAAGCACUCGACAAGAGGUAGAGCGGUUGAUGCAAAGGAUGAAAUCUGCCAACCAAGAUUACAGACCACCUAGCCAGUGGACGAUGGAAGGCUACCUUUAUGUUCAGGAGAAACGACCACUUGGUUUUACGUGGACUAAGCAUUACUGUACAUAUGAUAAAGGAAGUAAAACAUUUACAAUGAGUGUCUCAGAAAUGAAGUCCAGUGGGAAAAUGAACGGCCUUGUUACCAGCUCUCCAGAAAUGUUUAAGUUAAAAUCUUGUAUCCGACGGAAGACAGAUUCAAUUGACAAGCGAUUCUGCUUUGACAUAGAAGUAGUGGAAAGGCAUGGCAUCAUCACACUGCAGGCCUUCUCCGAAGCUAAUCGGAAACUCUGGCUCGAAGCCAUGGAUGGGAAAGAACCAAUUUAUACCCUGCCUGCCAUUAUGAGCAAGAAAGAAGAAAUGUACUUAAAUGAAGCAGGGUUCAACUUCGUGAGAAAAUGCAUUCAAGCCGUGGAAACAAGAGGCAUCACGAUUUUAGGCCUGUACCGAAUAGGAGGCGUGAACUCCAAAGUUCAGAAACUCAUGAACACCACAUUUUCUCCAAAAUCCCCUCCUGAUAUGGACAUUGAUAUUGAACUAUGGGAUAAUAAGACAAUAACAAGUGGACUGAAAAACUACCUCAGGUGCCUUGCAGAACCACUGAUGACUUACAAGUUACACAAAGAUUUUAUUGUUGCUGUUAAAUCUGAUGACCAAAACUACCGGGUGGAGGCUGUACAUGCAUUGGUGCACAAAUUGCCAGAGAAAAACAGAGAGAUGCUGGACAUCUUAAUAAAGCACCUGGUCAAAGUAUCACUCCAUAGCCAACAAAAUCUCAUGACUGUCUCAAACCUUGGUGUCAUAUUUGGCCCAACUCUAAUGAGGGCACAGGAAGAAACCGUGGCUGCGAUGAUGAAUAUUAAAUUUCAGAAUAUUGUGGUUGAAAUUCUAAUAGAGCACUAUGAAAAGAUUUUCCAUACUGCCCCAGACCCAAACAUUCCUCUUCCUCAACCUCAGUCUCGAUCUGGAUCCCGAAGGGCGCGCGCCAUCUGCCUGUCGACAGGCUCCCGGAAGCCCAGAGGGAGAUACACUCCAUGCUUGGCAGAGCCUGAUAGUGACUCCUACAGCAGCAGCCCAGCCAGCACACCCAUGGGGAGCAUUGAGUCCCUCUCCUCUCACUCUUCUGAACAAAACAGCAACACAAAGCCUGCUUCCUGCCAGCCCAGGGAGAAAUCUGGAGGGAUUCCUUGGAUUGCAUCCCCAUCACCUUCCAAUGGACAGAAAAGUCUUGGUCUCUGGACUAGUCCUGAAUCCAGUUCUAGAGAAGAUGCAACCAAAACGGAUGCAGAAUCAGAUUGCCAGAGUGUUGCCUCCGUCACUAGCCCGGGGGAUGUUUCCCCACCCAUAGACCUGACCAAGAAAGGGCCGCAAGGGGUUUCAGGGCAGAAAAGAGCCUCAGCUACCUUUCUCAAAUCCAUCUCUGCAGCUGAAGGAAACAAGAGCUACAGUGGUUCCAUUCAAAGCUUAACUUCCAUAGGUUCCAAAGAGACGCCGAAAGCCUUGCCGCACCCAGACCUGCCUCCAAAAAUGUGCAGGAGGUUAAGGCUAGACACUGCCUCAAGCAAUGGCUACCAGCGGCCUGGCUCCAUUGUGGCAGCGAAAGCCCAACUGUUUGAAAAUGUUGGUUCAGUUAAGCCAGUUUCUUCUGGGCGCCAAGCCAAAGCCAUGUACUCCUGUAAAGCCGAGCACAGCCACGAGCUCUCCUUCCCGCAGGGGGCGAUAUUUUCCAACGUGUACCCAUCAGUGGAACCAGGAUGGUUGAAGGCAACUUAUGAAGGCAAAACAGGACUAGUCCCAGAAAAUUAUGUUGUCUUCCUCUAAUAUUAUUUAGUGGAUGGCAGUAUCUUCAUGGUAUCCAUGGUAACAAAUAAGAAGUGCUAUGAUUUUAUCUGACACAGAUAUGGGGAUUAACCCACUAAAUGAAAACAGACCAUUUCUAUCAAGUCCCACACCAGCAGCUCCCUAUUAAUGGAAAAUGAGAACAGAAGUUUAAAUUGUUUCCAUUCUUUUUAUUUUUUGGCUGGUUUCUUACUUUAAAGUAUCUUUCUUUUUGAUAAGUAACUCUCCACAUGUCUCCUCCAUAACAAUUGAGAAUCUCAAAUACUGUAGAAAUACUAUAUCCCAGAAAUUUGAAAACUAGAAAUCUGAUAUAAGGAUUUUGGAGUCUGUCCUUAGCUGUCUGACAUUCUCUGAGGAAUCUUGAAAUCAUUACUUAAAAACGUAUUUAAAUUGUUCAUUUAUUAUUUUUUCUUAAAAGUAUACUAUUCUUAUAUAUGAUUAUUUUGCUGGUCCUGAACAUUUCAAGAAAAUCAGUUUUUUUUAAUGUAACUUUAUUUUUGUUUACCAAGUAGAUGGUAAUAUUCAAAGGCAAUGAUGUAUAUGAUGUAUGAUGUCUGUAAAUGAAGCCAAAUUAAGUCAUACACUGAGUCCACUUUAAACACUCCAUCCAGAAUCCCAGACACCUGCCUUCAGCUUUGAGCAGGGAUCAGCACACUGUUUCUGUGAAGGCCUCAUAGUAAGUACUUCGUCCUUUGCAAGCCCUGUGGACUCCAUCGCAGACCUUAUCCCUGCCAUCAUGCAGGGAGCCGCCAUAGACGUGAACAAAUGGAUGGGCGUGUCUACGUGCCAAUGCAGCUUUCUGUAAGGACCCUGAAAUUUGAAGAUCUUAUCAUUAUCAUGAGACUCGAAAUAGUCGUCUUUGACAUUUAAAAAUCCAUUUUAAAAUGUAAAAGUUGUUUCAGCUGCUGGAUCAUACAAAACCAGGCAGCAGCAGGUCGAGUGCGACUCCUGGGGCUUGGUCUACCAACCCCUGGUUCGGAGGAUGUAUGAAAGUACUCUUAUGUCUUUGGGGGUUUUAUGAAAUUUUACUACGUUAUCAUAUAAAUACUGAUGAAUCACAGGCACAUAUCCUCAGCUAGUAGCAUUAUAA